GAUAUCAACGAGUGUACAACCAACGUCCAUAAAUGUGAUACCAAUGCUGUCUGCAGUAACACUGAGGGAUCUUAUAACUGCACAUGCAGCCCUGGAUACACUGGAAAUGGAACAUCAUGCAAUGGUUAUUAUCAAGAUACUUAGCAAAUUAAACUCUAAUUAAGGGCCAUGUCACCAGGAUAUUGCUGUUUUUGGUCGAUUCUGGGUUGAACCCAAAAUUGUCUUGUAGAGUUAUGAAGAAAAUAUCGAAUUUUAUCAGGGAGCACUGAACUUAUCAUUUUGGGGAGUGAUUUUUGCACGCGCAGCAUUAUAAAUUAUUUCAAGUUUCAAUCCAUGUCAAUCCUUGCCAUUCGUAGCAACAGACGACAGGAAACAGUUUCAAUACCAUUACUUUUGAAUUCCGAGUUCCAAAAAACCUCUCACUUUCAAAACCAGGCUAAGUGCAAAAACUUUCUUGCUAAAAUGAGUUUUAUUUGCAUGGGGGAAAACCAUUUCCAUAUCAAUGGCUUCGUACUUAGGCUCUGACUUUAAAACAGAAGCUUAAACAGAACUUAGAAAUGGCCAGUUGCUGAAAAGACGCGUUCUAGCUUUUUAAAAAUAUGGCAAAAAACGUGGCAUAGCCCCUUAAAAUCUUUAACAUUUUUAUAAUCUUGUUGAUUAUAAAAAGACAAUCUUCUCUAAAUCCCCCCCCCUCAAAUAACCCCCCCCCCCUUUUACGGGGAAGAAAGUUAAAAAUCUCCACUCUCUAUUAAGCGCUCCCCCCCCCGCCCCACACCUACCCUCCCCUAAUUAUUCUUCAUGAAUAAAUGACUGACUGUAUUAAUCAAUCACGACUGUGAAACUUCGUGUGGACUGAUCCGGGAUGGUUUAUUUACCAACUGGAAGUUCGCAUUUGAUUCUGAUCCUCGGCUGCAUGACCUCCAACUUUCUUGUACUUGGGCUUUUCCACUUUGUAUUCUACUUCUUUAUGGAGAACUGAUACCAUCGUCAUUUCUAAGUAAAUAAACCCCCGCUCUCAAAUAAGCCCCCCCCGUCUCUAUUAAGCCCCCCCUCCCCCCUCCUCAAAUGGGCUUGAAAUAAAUAGCUCCUCCUCCCCGGGGGGUCUUAAUAGAGGACUUACGGUAAGUUUAAACAUCAAACACUUUUCCCUCUCUCUGUGAAAAAAGGCUUUGAAACUGGAAAAGGGUAAAGCCCUUGGUGUCUCCAUGACAACAGUAAUAACAGUUGCUGAGAAAAAGGAUACUUUAAGAGGCUAAGCUACGACUGGCUAAUUUAUUCGAUCCUGAACGGAUCGUUAUACGUUUGUGGGAAACUACCCACCUACCCCUCCCCUAAGUCAACAUUUUGCCCUAGGUGAGAAGUAGUGUUAAUAAUUUAGCUUAGGGGAGGGGUAGAUGUGCUUUUUCCCAGAAGCUCAUUAUGAUUUUGUCUAUAAUGCCACAGUCCUUAUUCGCUGUCAAAUAUAUAUGACUAAUAUAACUUCUAAAUGAUAGAAUCACAUUCUAUCAAGCGGUAGAAAACAAAUUUUAACAAAUGCAUUUCGCAAAAAACUGUUAGCGUGACAAGUUUUCAAAAACCGCAAUUGCAGUCCGCUUCUUCAAGUUUUUCCAUCCGUGCUUACUUUCAGAUUUGUAUUUGCUGUAUUAUUAAUACCAUCUUUUAACGUUUUGAUCGGUUAUUUUUGUUGCAUUCAAUUUGGUGAUGGCUCCCACUGUUUCGGUUUUGAUGUAAUAUAUCAAACAUGAGAUGCAGUGUUUCAUCACCAGAUGAAACACCAAGAGGAGAGUUGAAAAUACGACGCGCAGCGGAGUAUUUUUGACGAACUUCGAGGUGUUUCAUCUGGUGAUGAAACACUGUGUCGAAUGUUUGAUAUUUCUUCUCAAACAAAAUCAUUUUUGAAGGAGAAAUUAAGGAUGCAAAAAUGAGCAGUUUUUCAUCUGAUAUCCAAACACUCAUUAAACAUUAAUUUCCUUUGAAUUUUCUUUAUGAAUUAUUAAUGAGUUUGAGAAGCCUUAUGUGACAUACCGUAAAAUUCCGAAAAUAAGCCCCGGGGCUCAUAUUUUUCAAAGGCCCUUUUUGAGGGGCUUAUUUUUGGAGGGGCUUAUAUUCGGUGGGGCUUAUCUACGGAGGGAAAUUUGCGUUUCAAAAUCGAUUGGGCUAGCCUUAUAGUUGGAAGUAAAUUUACUGUUUUUGCUUUGUUUUACUUUGUAUUUGAGGGCAAUUUUCCAAGUACAAGCCCCCGUGGGGCUUAUAUUUGGAGGGGCGAUUUAACGGAGGGUUUUUUGCGUUACCGGUUUAGGGGGCUUAUAUUUGGAGGGGCUUAUACAUGGAGGGGCUUAUUUUCGGAAUUUUACGGUAUCCCCUUUAAAUUCCUCCAGAUAUUGACGAGUGUUCAACCAACAAUCACUCAUGUGAUGUCAACGCUUUUUGUGACAACACAAGUGGAUCCUAUCGAUGUACUUGCAAUCAGGUUACUUUGGAGAUGGAGAAGUGUGCAGGGGUAAAAAUCAUUUCGUUUGUUUUGCCAUGCGUCUGUUUUGUCUUGUAAUGUUUCUCGCGACACGCAUAUUUUUCUCACUCAUUGUAACAAACCAUUUUUUCUUUAAAAGAUGUAAACGAAUGCGCAAACAACACCCACAAUUGCGAUGUUAAUGCGUAUUGCAGUGACACCGAGGGAUCGUCUUCCUGCUCCUGUAAUCGAGGAUAUAGCGGAAAUGGAACAUACUGUACAGGUAAAUGUUAAACAAUUAUUUCAAUUCAUACUCUGAUUUAUGCAUCUUAUUGGCCACAACCCUAACUGGUUAUUAUCAUACUAUCAAUUCAUCCCGAUUUAUGUAUUUAUUUAUUUUUGUUUUUUAGUAGAGCGAACGAUUCAAAAAUGUGCAAUUUAUACGCCUAAAAGGUUCAAACAAGCAUUCCGGCCUGUUUCAUAGACAUGACCCCCUCCCCCCAAUUCAACUCUCCUCGGAGAUUGCAUUGCCAAUCUCUAUAAGUGAUAUCGCCUUUGGUUUUGAUAUUCAGUCCUCUGCUGGCAAAACAGAAAAGCUAAAAUACAGACAAAUGGCUAUUAAUUAUGGGUUGAUCCUACCCCCUUUCUGUCUUUGUAUUUGCCAAUAUGUUAAACUGAUAAAUAAAACUUUAAGAUUUUCCUUUUAAUUUUAGAACUUAAGAUAUUAACGAGUGUACCAGUAAAUCGCUCAAGUGCACCAAAUGGUUGUAUAUUAAGUUUAAUAGCAACAUUCAGUAUUUACACACAUGACAUCAGGUUUUUUUCUCCUUUCAGAUAUUAACGAGUGUACUAUUAGCGUCGAUAACUGUGAUGCCAAUGCUUUCUGUAGUAACACUGAUGGAUCUUUUGACUGCUAG